CACAGCAAUGCCCUUAGAUGCUUUUCCCCCGCCAUUUUAUGUGAUCAGAUGAGCUAUUUAAAAACCAGCAGGCAAUGGAAACCCAUAAAAGCAUCGCCAAACCAGAGAAUCUGUUCUUCCACCUCUCUCUCUCUCUCUCUCUCUCUCUCUCUCUGUGGCAAACCAGAGAAUCUGUUCUUCACCAAUUCCGUUGCGUCUUCCAUUUCAAUCGCUCGAGGUUUCUUCAUGGAUGAAAAGAAGGACCAGAACGUAUCACCUCUAGCUUCUACCACAACCUCACUUGAUUUUGAAACCCUUGAUUCGGACAAUGACGAUGAGGAAUUCUCUGAAUCCUUUGUUUGUUGCGUUUGCUUGGAUCUCCUAUACAAGCCUAUUGUACUUGCUUGUGGCCACAUUUCAUGUUUCUGGUGUGUGCAAAGCGCCAUGAAUGGCUGGAGGGAAUCUCAUUGUCCAAUUUGUAGGCAACCAUAUUAUAAUUUUCCUGGCAUCUGCUUGAUGCUCCACUUCUUGCUCUUGAAGAUGUAUCCUAUGGCCUAUACGAGAAGGGAAAAACAAGUUCUAGAAGAAGAAAAGAAAAUUGGCGACUUCUCUCCCCAGAUUGAUGACCAUUUUUGCGGAUCGCAAAUUAAUAAAGAACUGUAUCUCCUCAGUAAUCCUCCACAUUCUUCCACCAGUUCUCAGACAGACUUAUACUCGGACAGUUUUUCCACAACCAUCUGUGGUAACACUUCUGAAUUGGACACUGUAACCACUAAAAAGUUAGCUGGUGAAGAAAAUGAACAAAAUCGGAUUGCAACAUGCAAGCAGGUUUCGGUCUCUGAUGUACUAUGUGCUGUGUGCAAGCAACUGCUUUUUCGACCUGCAGUUCUUAACUGUGGCCAUGUAUAUUGUGAAUCCUGUAUUGUUACUCUUGGGGUUGAGUUUCCUACGUGUCAAUUUUGUCAACGUAUCCAUCCAAAAGGGUUGCCAAAAGUAUGUUUGGAUUUUGAUCAUUUCUUGGAGGGACAAUUCCCCAAAGAAUAUGAGCUGAGGAAAGAGGCAGUUCAUUCUUAUCAAAGUGGAAGUACAUCAGCCUGUAUGUUUCAACCAUCUGCAACACAAGGUGGAAAGCAAGAUGUGAAGUUUUCGUUUUCGCCUAAAAACUUGUUUUUCCGGUGGAGAGAAAAUAGGUCAAAAAUUCAUUUUGCAGUUGGUUGUGAUUCUUGUGGGAUGUUUCCUAUAAUUGGAGAGAGAUACAGAUGCAAAGAUUGUGUGGAGAGAAUAGGCUUUGAUCUGUGUGGAGAAUGUUAUAAUACUUGCUCCAAGCUUCCAGGCAGAUUUAAUCAACAGCACACACCUGAGCACAAGUUCGAGCUUAUUCCAACAGAAAAAACACAAAACUGGAUGCGGGGGGUGCUGGCAACACUAUAUGAUGGUCGUUCUGCUUCUGUUCUCUCUGGUGAUGCUUCGCCCGUUCCUUCUCAUGGUGAUGCUCUAGAAGUUCCAGAAUAUGUGUCUGUUGCUCCCAUCAAUUCCCAUGACUCUCCAGAGGAUCAGGAAGAUGCUAUGCCUGUUCCCCUGCUCUUUGGUCAUGAUCCAGAGGUUGCAGAUAAUGGUUCUGGCGCUCACACUCCUUCAGAUGAUGCUUCAGUGGAUCCAGAAAGCCCUCAUACCACCAUCUAAAAUUGUAAGUGAACUCAAACAUGCUCUUUGAGUGUCUGGCUCUAAGGGAAAUUAUGUGUAUGACUGAUUUCUCACCCAGAACUUAUUCUUGAAUCAUUGCCCUUGAUGAAAAAAUAAGCACAAGACAUUGCACAUUGGAUUUCUCAUUCCCUUUUUCCUUUUUACUCAAGACAUUUAGUAAACAAAAGACACCUGCAUGUUGGACAUACUGCUUGUGAUUGGUGUAACUUAUAUAUAGAUAUCAGCCACGCUAGCCAAAUCAGACCUGCAUCAUUACUUUGAGAAACCUGGAUGUUAAUGGUGGUUGGCUAUUUGAUACAGGAUGGACAGUAUUAGCCAAGUUCCAAUGUCCAGGAUUCUGUUACUGCAUUUAAGUUUACUUCCGGCAUCCUUCCAAGUUCCAACACUUCAAUUAUUUCCUCCAGUAAUGUAGAUAUGGUUAAUUAUUUUGCCUUCUUAUAUAUUGAUUUGUUUUGGCUC